CUUUUACCACAGAUCGCUUGAUCGCUUGAUCGCUUGAUCGCUUCAUCGCUUCAUUGCUUCUCGUCUAAAGAGUUAGUUAGACCAUCCUGGCCUGACCUGGUCUCCAACCUCGGCAGAUUUCCCUCCGGGUUGCUUGUGCGUCUAUUAAAGUGUUGUGCUGUUGUGCCAGUCAAUCUAUUGGACGGGCCCUGGGCAUGGGCACCCCCCGCUAGCCGGACCGAUCCCCCCCCCCAUCGCCCAUCAUGGAGGAUGUCAGUCCGGAAGCGGCCAGCCGCCGGUCGCAUUUCGACGAAAUCCGCGCCUUCUUCGCCCGACAAACCUUUUGCGACCUCCGGAUCUGCGGGCGUGACCCCCGGGAAGCCGUGGACUGCCACCGGAUCGUCCUGCUGUCCGUGUCCAAGACCUGUCGGCAAUUGCUCACGCCUGAGGAGGACGCCCUCCAAUUUGCCGAGAUAGACUCGACGCGGAUCCGGAGCUUUGUGCAUGCACUCUACGCGGCGUUGGGCCAGGAUCAACCUUUCGAAGACGAUCCGGCCUUGACCACCUUGGACGGACAGGUCUUCGAGGCCUUCCAGAUCCAAACCAAAUUGGCCCCUCCAUGCCCGGCUCUGCCCGAGCUACCCGAGAGCGUCCAGCAGGUCAUGAAGCGCUUGGACACGCUCGAUUCCGUGUUCAAGUCCCGGCGCUCUCCGGCUUUGAACAUUGCCACCCAUUUGAAGAUCAAGUACGAGGACUCGCGACCCGUGUACGAGUUCCACGUCAAGGACGAGCCCAUGGAUUUCGGAUUGGGCGUGGAUGACGAUCUGAUUGCCGUGCACGACGCCGAUCGGUACUCGUCGGAUUUCAACGAACCCGAUUAUGGGUAUCACGAUGGUGAGGAUUUCGUGGUGGAGGACGAGGAUUUCGACCCGCCUGGUUCAGAUGAUGAGGGCGGUUUAGCCGACGACGGGUUCGAGCGGCGAUUGUCAGUGCGAGCCCAACGCGGUCAAGCUGCUAUUCGAUACGUUCGAUCCAUGAUCAAACCCCCGGCCCGAGAAAAUCAACGGGAACGGAAACAACGGCUGGCCAAAUUGCGGGUCUUCAAGCAACGCAUGUCCGAGGAUCAACCCAUCACCAAGCGAACCAAGCACAUCUUGAGUGGCGUGCACCUCAGCGACCUGGAUAGCUCAUCGGCGGAGCGCGUGCGCGAGCUCCUCUUUCAAUCCGGCGGUGCCCAACUCAAUGACUUGAUCCACCCGCCCGCCAAUGAAACGCCUCGAGAGCGACGAUCCCGCAUGGUGGCCUUGGCUCGGAAACGGAAACGCGCCGGGAAGCCCUUGGAAGAGCAGAAAACGCCCAAGAAGAUCAAAUACCUCGACGACGACGAGAGCGUGGAAAGUCAAAGUCAAGCCCCACCCGCCGAGACCAAAGAUGACACGACCGAGUCCGAGGAUUCCGACUCGGAUGGGGAGAAUUCCACCGAUGGCGACAAGCGAUCCAAGAAGAAGCCCAUGGUUAUUUUGGGCACCAAGGACUCGGCUCAAGUGUUGGAGGUGCUCAAGAAGAACUUGGCCUUCGUGUCUCGGGGUGCUGGGGAUGAGACCGACACGGUGGACGUGAAUGGUGCCUUGAGGAUGAUCAAACAUGCUCAUGGUGUGCUUCCCGUGUCCGUGACCACUUUGGCCUUACGACACGAAGGUCAGAUCGGUCGGACUGUCCCGUUGCUGACCACGAUGGAGCACGAGUCCUUGGCCAUAUUCGGAAUCUCGGCCAGCGAGAGCGGGGAAAUCCGCGGAAAACCCUUGGCGUGGAGCGACCCCGAGCAGGACUUCGAGGUCAAGGUCCAGUUCGAUCAAACGGCUCAAGCCUUUUCCCAGGUCUACGGAUUGCCCCAAGCCACGGUCUUGAAUUCUCGUGCCAUUCUCUCCCAUCAGGAGUGGUCGGGUGAACCCCGGGGCAACUCCUACUCGGACCUGUACAAGCGUCUCUUCAAUACGGCCACCCGCCCCGAACUUGAGCAAGACCUUCAAGAUCCCGUGCUAAUCGAAGCCACCACUCCACCUGAGGCUACCUAUGCCAAAGUUCAAUUGCCCCUGAAGAAUUGGCCGCUCCAGAUCGAUCCAGCUUUGGAAGCGUUCCAAGAGAUCGUGGUCAUUGGCUUGUACCCGCAUGCCAUCGAUUGCAAGCGCAUCGCGCGAAUUGAAGAUCCCACUCAAUUUGCGUUCCUAUGCAUGCGAAUCCUCUUUCUAGUCUGGGGCCGUGGGAACGGCAAGUUCAAGAUCCGCCUCCCCGAUCCCAUUAUCGAUCGUUAUAUGGACAUGGGCCGGAUUGUGUACCGAAAGCACACGUGUGAAAAACUACUGGCCCAAGAAGGAGAACUGCCACGGAAUCUUCCCGUCCGGACGUGCGAGUUGUGCGGUAUCACCAUCACCGAGAACUCGAAUCUUUCCAAAUGGAGUCGGCAUUUGCUUCAGCACAAGAUCGAAACCUACCAAUGCUCAUGCGAUGUCCUCAUGAACUCGUUCAUGGACCGCAAACGUCACUACAAGUCUCAUCACCACGGCAAGCACGGGCUUCCACUGGAAGAUCCCAAUGCCAAUUUGAAACCCGUCAUUCUACGGCGACCCCAUAGCAAGCGAUUCGCUUACGUGUGCAAUUCCUGUGGAUUAGAAUGUGCCGAUGGCACGGAUCUGGCCAAACAUAUUGGAGUGUGCGAUGGUUUGGUCCAAUGUCAGAUAUGUCUCGAGAAGCUCUUCGGACUCGAAAAGUAUUAUGAUCACAUGCGCAAUAGUCACGACGGCAAGUUUGAUCAGACCAAGUUCGCCUACUUCUUCUCAAAUCAUUCCAAAUUCAAGCAGUGCAAGAAAAAGAUCAGUUGCGAUCAGUGUCCCAAAACGUUCGUGGAUCCCGUGGUGUUCAAGAAGCAUUGGGCGCAAAUCCACGGCUCCGAAUCGGACCGUCCGUACAAGUGUGCCGAGUGCGAAAAAUCCUUCGUGAACAAGGCCAAUUUAAAGGAGCAUUUGUUGUCAGUUCACAUCCGGACACGGCCUUACAUUUGCCGUUAUGAAGGCUGUAAAUCGGAUUUCAAUUGCUCGGCCAAUCUCUAUGCACACGAGAAGAAAGUGCACGGAGAGAAACUCGGGUCCGCCCUUUCCAUUCACAAAGUGGUCACGGAUGAGCAAAUGCUCCAGUAUAGUUAUAUUUUGGGCAAUGGGCCCUAAAAUGGAGCACGGGUCAUCGAAAAUCAGAAUUGAGAUGAGUACCUGGUUGGCAUGUGAAGCCAGGAGAAUGUUUACUUUGUUGUGUAAAUCUGAAUUAAAUCAGCUUGUAAUCUCUUUUAACAA